CCAGUCGGAUCAGCUGACGACCGCGCAUGCACGAGUACCGCCCCCCUCCUCAUCUAUGGCCAAACGCAACUAGCACGUCCACACUUGAUGGCUUCUCCCUCUUCUGGGUGACAACACGGGAAGGGACACUUUUGUUUUGGUUUUUUUUUUGGGGGGGGGGGGAUUUUUUUCCUUUUUUUUCUCCGUUAAACAAGACAAGUGCAUCCGAUUUUUUUUUGGGCGUGGAAGAUACAGCAACAGAACUGCAAAAUGUUGCUCGAACACCCGGGCUCAAGUUGUCAGAAUAACGCCAAUUUCUCCCGCUACAGCGCAGGCCAAGACAUCCCAGUGUGUGCAGGCUGCAACCAGCACAUCGUGGACCGCUUCAUCCUGAAAGUGCUGGAGCGCCACUGGCACAGCAAGUGCCUCAAGUGCGCCGACUGCCACACUCAGCUGGCCGACAAGUGCUUCAGCCGGGGGGAUAGCGUCUACUGCAAGGAUGACUUCUUUAAGAGAUUUGGCACCAAAUGCGCGGCGUGUCAGCAGGGCAUCCCACCCACGCAGGUGGUGAGGCGGGCCCAGGACUUCGUUUACCACCUGCACUGCUUCGCCUGCAUCGUGUGCAAGCGGCAGCUGGCCACGGGCGACGAGUACUACCUGAUGGAGGACAGCCGGCUGGUGUGCAAAGCCGACUACGAGACCGCCAAACAGAGAGAAGCCGACUCGACCGCGAAAAGGCCCCGAACGACUAUCACGGCCAAGCAGCUGGAGACCCUAAAGAACGCCUACAAUAAUUCUCCAAAGCCGGCCCGCCACGUCCGCGAGCAGCUCUCCUCCGAGACGGGCCUGGACAUGCGGGUUGUGCAGGUUUGGUUUCAGAACCGGCGGGCCAAAGAAAAGAGGCUGAAGAAGGACGCCGGGCGCCAGAGGUGGGGCCAGUACUUCCGCAACAUGAAGAGGUCACGUGGAAGCUCCAAGUCAGACAAAGACAGCAUCCAGGAGGAGGGCAUGGACAGCGACGCCGAGGUGUCCUUUACAGAUGAACCUCCCAUGUCAGACCUCGGCCACAGCAAUGGCAUCUACAGCAGCAACUCCCCAGCCAUGGGGGGCCGCCCAGGGGGUAACAACCAUGCCUCUUUCCCUUUGGAGCAUGCCGCCCUGCCCUCGCAAGAUCAAUUCCACGACAUACGCUCCAACAGCCCCUACGGCCUACCCCAGUCGCCGGGGUCUCACCCGGCGCUACCUCGGCACCAGCCGCUCAUCACCAGCCUGGUCUACCCCGAGUCGGGCCUGUCCCUCAUGACCCAAGACGGGGGGAUGAACCCCGGCGUGAGGGUUUCCAUUGGUGCCGCCAACGGCCCGAGUUCGGACCUGUCCACCGGCAGCAGUGGUGGAUACCCGGACUUCCCUGCCAGUCCGGCCUCCUGGUUGGACGAAGUGGACCAUGGACAGUUCUGAUUGCUUGGUUCUAAGAAACCGGACUUACUUUCAUGAUUUAGUCUGUUUUUUUUCGUUUGUCUUCUGUUUGUAUUAUGGACUAAAUAAGACCGUGAUUGUAUGGCAGAGUGAUGGAAACUUGAAAAUCACUCGUAUCCCAUCGUUGGUUCCGUUUGGAUGGAGGACAAACUUCUUCGUAAAAAGCACUUGGCCGAAUGGUCUAUGUAGCAUUCAUUUCCAGACAACGUGAAGACUGAGAAUUAAGCAUCCCUCGGCUCGUCCUACUGCUUUUUCUGUCGUCUACGGUGUGUUCAGGUGCAGAAGUCUUUAAAUGUCUGGUUGUUGCCAAAUGUCAAUAUAUAUAUGUGUGUGUGUGUGUGUGUGUGUGUAUAUAUAUAUAUAUAUAUAUAUAUAUAUAUAUAUAUAUAUACAUAAUGGUUUAUCAUUGUGGAGACUAUUUUUAUACGAGGACCAUUAAUAGGAGAAUCCAGUGAGUGCAGAGUUUGUACUUUCUGCAAAUGUAUGGCGAGAUGUCAUCGUAACGACGGUUCCUACAUCUAUGCAUUUGUGUGUCUUGUUCUACUCGAAAACAAAAAAGCCGAGGAGGUGCUUGCUGUAGCAACCGGGGGCUGUGAUGUAUAUGUUUGUUUAUGUGGAAAAAUGUUUUAUGUCUUAUUUAUUCCUUUAUGGUGGUGACCGCGUUGAUUAGGAUCAUGGCGAUUCCUGAUGAAUGAUGCAGGACUUUAAUAAAUUAAUAAAUUUG